AUGUCAAAAAUUGAGCAAAGAAACAAUACGUUUCUUAUGUCAAUUAAUCAAGAUGAAAUUCAGAGAAAGCACAAUGACUUUGCUGUAAAGAUGCGAAGAGAUAAGCGAAAAUCUCAUACUUCUAAAAGACGAGCUAAUAUUACUCAACCAGAAGAAUCUAGAGCAUCAAAAGAAUUUAAGCUUCCUCAAUAUAUUAUUUCUCGAUAUCCUGCAUUGGAAUCUUCAGAAGCCACUUUUGAAUCAAAAUUGAUGAUUAUCCAUGAGAUACUUGACACAGAAACAUCUUAUGAGACUAUCUUAGAAAUUAUGACUAUUUUAAGGACUAUAAUGUCGUCAGACGAUUCACCAUUUGAUAUAAUUGUUAGCAUGGGGUUUAUCGAGUUGCUUUUAAAGUUCGUAAAUCUAAGAUAUCAUGAGCACAUUAUUUAUGAAUCUUCUUGAUGCCUAUGCAAUCUUCUGGCAGGCACACAUGAGUACGCAGAAAGAUUUAUCAAGGCAAAGGGGGUUGAAACUUUAAUUUCAGCAAUCUCUUAUAAGACUGUCGAAGUUAAUGAGCAUAUUAUCUGGUCUUUUGCGAAUUUAGCAGGAGAUUGUGAAAAAUAUCGGCAAAUUAUGCUCAAAUGAGGAAUAAUGGAGGUGCUCUAUGACAUGAUUUUAGGAGCUGGAUCAAUUAGAGUUUCUUUACUAAGACUCGUUUCCUGGUGCUUGAACAAUUUGUCUAAAAGCGUCAAUUUAUUUGACUCAAUAAUGUUGCAGACUGCAAUAAGUGGCAUUAAAAUAAUGCUCGAAGUGAAAGAUGAGCAGAUCACCUUCGAGUGUUUAACAGUGAUUGCUCGCAUUUCGACAAGCAGCAAUGAAAAAAUCCAGUUAAUCAUUGAUUCUGGACUCAUACCUUACGUUUUAGCUGGGCUCGAAGAGAAGAAUCAAAAUAUUUUAGGAGUCAGCAUUAAAUUAUUAGGAAUGAUUUGCUCAGGAACGGGUGAUGCGGGUUGGCUGUCAACGAGCCGACAACCACACUUAAAAAAAAAGGUGGUUAUCUGCACUUUGUGCGGCUUGGCUGCCAAAAAACCUAUAAAAAUUUCAAAAAAUGUUUGCGGCUUAUCUGCAAACCGUUGUUUUCAGCUAACCCGUCUUGUGUAUUUUUUAAUAUAAAAAAUUUACGACAUACAACCCUUCAAAAAUUAAGUGCUUAGCUGACAUUGAGUGCUGCUUAGCUGCGGAAAAAAAAAGUGCGUGCGGCUUGUAUGUCAAAAACGCACCCUUUUUUUUUGGCAUUCGGGUUAGCUGCAAAUUAUAAAAAAUUGUAUUUUUUAAUAAUGAAUAUUGAAGAUACUAAAGUAUAUUUACUGCUACUCAAUUAAAAUACGAUUUCUAAUGGAUUUGAAAAUACAUUGAACACUCUAUCCCUUAUCAGAAUAUUUAUAAAAAAUAGUCAGCUAACCCGCAGGUUAAAACAUAAGUGAAUUUAGCAAUAUUAAACCUCCGAUGCUUUUAUAGAAAAUAGCAGCUAAGCCGCACAACUGUGCAGCUAACCACCUAAAUUUUUUGUGGUUGUCUUUUAUAUAAUUUUCAAUAGCGCAAAUUCGUGGCGGGAUAUAUGCAAACUGUUAUUUUUUAAUGCAUAUGCUAAGAUUUUUAUGUUAAAUUUCGACAGACAAGCCGCUAAAGUUGCAGAUAACAACCCUUUUUUUUAAGUUGUUAGCUGCGAGUUAGAACAGCUUAAAUUUGGCAUGCAGUUAACCGCUUAAAAAAAAAGUUGUUAUCUGCAACUUUAGCGGCUUAGCUGUCAAAAACAUAUUAAAAAAUUGAUAUAUUCAUUAAAAAACAACGGUUUGCAGAUAUCCCUCCAUGAAGAUUUUUAUAUUGAAAAAUAAACGACUGAUAACCACUAAAAAAUUAGGUGGUUAGCUGCAAGGGGUGCGGCUUAGCUGUCGUCCCUAUUAAAAAAAGAUAAUUUUAUUGUCCCUGUUUUUUGUAGGCGGGUUAGCUGUUAACUAGCUUAAUGUGCUUUUUUUGUACGCGAUAAGAGAGCGCUAUAGCUAAUGUGAUACAGAAUUAACUAAUGCAGUCAAAAUUUGCUUAUACAAGGUGUGCUACAGUCAGUGCUGGUUCAGGAUAUGCUUUUUCAGGAUGGACUAAUACAAGGCAUAAUAAAAGGUUGCACUAGAUCUGGCUGCGCAAGUGCAGAUAGUACAAAGCAUAUUACAGGAUUCGCUUAUGUAAGAUAUGCUAAAUAAGGAUCAGUUAGUACAUGGUUUAAUUCAGGAUGGCCUAGUGCUCGAUGUGCUAGUUCAGGAUGUUCUAGUACAAUGCUAUAUAGGAUACUCUAAUGCAGGAUUUGUAAAUAAAAUAUGAAAAUAAUGACAAUUUAAUUAUCUUCUUCUUUCAUCAUGAACUAUUUAUUUCUAAUUAACGGUAAUUCGCAAUGUCUUGAACGAUUUUCAAUAAAAACAUUAUUUCCUCCGAUUGUGCAUGCAAUAGCCAUCUUCUUCCUGUAUGUUUUAUGAUGAAUUCGAUUAUAUUUAUUUCAGUAAUUUUAGAGAUAAAUAGAAGAUGACAGCAUAUGAUUCUAUAUCUUUCAUACUUUUUGAAUUAGCACUUAAUCGUAUUUUUUAAUAUAUAUUCUUCUUUUAUUUUAUCAGAAAGCUGAGUCCAAACCCUUCAUUUAUCAUCAUCGUUUAUAUUUAGACUUAAUUCCAUAGAGAAAAUUUUUAUAAUAAUUCACGCAGUAUCCAGUAUAUAGCUAACUUAAUGCUCUCAUUGUAUUAAUUCUAAAGGCAGUUUUUUAGUAUGUUUAUAUUCUUAUAGAGUAGUCUUUUCAUCUUCAGUACUUACAAUACUUUUAAAAAUAAUAAAUAUCUUAAAAUUGCUGCUUUUUUUAAUGCUUUUUAUAAUUUUUUUAGCUUUACGUGCAUUUCCUUCAACUCUACUUGUAGUUAGAGUUCCAGCGCAUCUUAUCGCGUACAAAAAAAGCACAUUAAGCUAGUUAACAGCUAACCCGCCUACAAAAAACAGGGACAAUAAAAUUAUCUUUUUUUAAUAGGGACGACAGCUAAGCCGCACCCCUUGCAGCUAACCACCUAAUUUUUUAGUGGUUAUCAGUCGUUUAUUUUUCAAUAUAAAAAUCUUCAUGGAGGGAUAUCUGCAAACCGUUUGUUUUUUAAUGAAUAUAUCAAUUUUUUAAUAUGUUUUUGACAGCUAAGCCGCUAAAGUUGCAGAUAACAACUUUUUUUUUAAGCGGUUAACUGCAUGCCAAAUUUAAGCUGUUCUAACUCGCAGCUAACAACUUAAAAAAAAGGUUGUUAUCUGCAAACUUUAGCGGCUUGUCUGUCGAAAUUUAACAUAAAAAUCUUAGCAUAUGCAUUAAAAAAUAACAGUUUGCAUAUAUCCCGCCACGAAUUUGCGCUAUUGAAAAUUAUAUAAAAGACAACCACAAAAAAUUUAGGUGGUUAGCUGCACAGUUGUGUGCGGCUUAGCUGCUAUUUUCUAUAAAAGCAUCGGAGGUUUAAUAUUGCUAAAUUCAUUUAUGUUUUAACCUGCGGGUUAGCUGACUAUUUUUUAUAAAUAUUCUGAUAAGGGAUAGAGUGUUCAAUGUAUUUUCAAAUCCAUUAGAAAUCGUAUUUUAAUUGAGUAGCAGUAAAUAUACUUAGUAUCUUCAAUAUUCAUUAUUAAAAAAUACAAUUUUUUAUAAUUUGCAGCUAACCCGAAUGCCAAAAAAAAAGGGUGCGUUUUUGACAUACAAGCCGCACGCACUUUUUUUUUUCCGCAGCUAAGCAGCACUCAAUGUCAGCUAAGCACUUAAUUUUUGAAGGGUUGUAUGUCGUAAAUUUUUUAUAUUAAAAAUACAAGACGGGUUAGCUGAAAACAACGGUUUGCAGAUAAGCCGCAAACAUUUUUUGAAAUUUUUAUAGGUUUUUUGGCAGCCAAGCCGCACAAAGUGCAGAUAACCACCUUUUUUUUAAGUGGUUGUCGGCUCGUUGACAGCCAACCCGCAUCACCCCUCAGGAACCUCAUCACAAACUCAAUUCUUACUAAACCAAAGCAUACUGGACAAGCUUUCUGUUGUAACAGACUAUGAUGAUCAUAAUAUCCUCAAAGAUUUUUGUUGAACUUUAAGCAAUAUUGCAGCAGGGACUCAAGCUCAAUGCGAGACUCUUGUAAACCACAAAAUUAUUCAAUUUGCCUUACAAUCAUUAAUCAAUCCGAAUCUCGAGGUAAAAAGAGAAGCAAGUGUAGUUUUUCUAAAUAUCGUCAAAACAGGAACCAGCAAUAUAAAGCUCAAGCUUGUAAGCUUUGAUAUUUUUUCCAUUAUGGCUAUUGGCUUUGAAGCCCUUGAUCUUUUAUAUCUCACAAAUUUGCUUUUAAUUAGCGAGCAUUUGCUGAGAUGUGGAGAAAGUUCUGAAGGAAUCAAUCCAGUAUCCGCUUUAUUUGAAGAGUCAGGGUGCUUUGAUAAGCUAAUUAAGCUAGAACACCACAAUAAUACAAUUAUUUCUGAAGGAUGCUCAGGAAUAUUGCAUUUCUUCUUUGGGAUGGAAGAAGAUGACUUGCCUGUAGAUUCAGUGGUCAAUGAUUCCUAUGAGUUCACAUAA